UUCCGUUUGUCUCUAUACAAAUAUAUAUCCCGUAUGCGUAUGCGUAUGCAUCUGAAAGUGGUUUCAGAGAGUGGGCAUGGCAAUGGGAAAUGAGAUUUUGAGAAAGGAUGUUGUUCCGUUUGCAGCAAUGAUAGUAGUGGUGUGUAUGGAGAUGGCAACAUCCACAAUAGCCAAAGCAGCCCUUAAUUCCGGGAUAAGCACUUUUAUUUUCAUGCUUUACUACAAUUUCCUUGGCGUCCUCCUUCUUCUUCCUGGAUUCCUCAUCCAGAGGCACAGAAGGAAUCCACUGCCUAUAACCUUCUCUAUUCUGAGUAGAUGUUUCAUCCUUGGCCUGCUCGGGACAUGUUUGACGAUGGGUUUGGGUUUCCAAGGGCUCAAGUAUAGCUCUCCUACCCUGGCUGCAGGGAUUAGUAACUUGAUGCCUGGUUUUACAUUUGUUCUUGCCAUGAUUUUCAGGAUGGAGAAGUUUGAGGUGAAGAGAAGAACAUGGCAAGCAAAAUCAGUGGGCACAGUUCUGUCAAUUAUUGGGGCAUCUAUCAUGACUCUAUAUCAAGGACCAACAAUCUUGGGAUCAUCUUCAUCUUCAUCUUCAACUUCUGAUUUGCCUCAGCACUCUCUUCUGUCACAAGAUUCCUCAAAGUGGGUGCUGGGGGGUGUUAUGUUUCUAGCCACAUACCUUUUCGCAUCCGGGUGGAACAUUUUGCAGACAGCUACUCUAAAGGAUUACCCAGAGCAGAUGACAGUAGUGUUCUUCACUACAUGCUUUGGGAGCAUCCAAUGGGCGAUUGGUUCACUACUAGUAGAAAGGACGGUAGAUGCUUGGAAGGUGCAGCCUGGCAUUGGAAUGGCUGCCAUUGUUGUUUCUGCGGUUUUAGAGCCUCUGUGUUGCAAAAAUAUUACUACUUUCUGCUUGGGCACGAAGGGUCCUCUCUACGUUGCCAUGUUCAAACCCUUGGGAAUUGUCAUUGCAGCAACUCUUAACCUUGUUUUUCUUGCGGAGGCCCUUCAUUUGGGCAGUAUUAUCGGAUCAAUAACAAUUAUUAUUGGAUUCUACGGAGUGAUAUGGGGCAUGUCAAAAGAGGUGACCAUACUUGAGCCAACUGAUAUUUUAUGUGAAAGUGGAACUGUGAACGGAACAUCCCCCCUGCUACACAAGUAACUGAACAGUGUUUAAAACGUGAUGAUUGUGACCGUAUAGAUUCCAUUAGCUACUGGUGAUGAGCCCAAAGGUGGUAAAUUUUACCGUAGAUCAUGGCCUAUGUAGUAGCGUGGAUCAUGAAGUAUGUAUCAUUAUAGUUAUAUUUCAGUUUCAUUUGAUAAUAUUGUUAUGUUUUUUAGUUUCA